GUGUUGUUUUCUGGCUUAGCUACGCAUGGACCGGUGGCAGCAUUUUCAUACCUUGGGCAACUGGCUGCGCCGCUACCGGGAGGUGGCUUCUGUGGGGGGUUUGGUCUAUGCGCUGUGGCAGCGGCGGCAAUGGAAGCGCGCAGCCGAGGAGGCUUGCGCCGCCGUGCGCGCCGGGCGCUUCAUGGAGCAGUGCAGUUUCCUCUUAGUGAAUGUGGACGGCCUGAAGAAGGGUGCGAACAUGGCCAGCACAGUGUCAGUGCAGACGCUCUUCACCCGGACCUUGAAGUCACUGAUGUUCGACAACGAGAACAUGGUGGAUCGCGUCAGCCGGGCUUCGGAGCGCGCCACCCCGGGGGCGCCUCUGCUGGAACUGGGCUCCGACGCCUGGCUGGUCAUGGCCAAUCUCAACGCCCACCUCAUGGAGGCGUGCUGCUCCUAUGGGCAUGUGGCCGCUGCUUGUGGGACGCCAGUGAAUGUGGUGGAGUUCAUUUAUGGCUUGGUCAAUGACCGGACCACCACCUCCCGGCAGCAGCUGCGGGUCUACGUGAUCCGGGAACGAGACCUUCGGAACUUGCCGGAGGUGAAGGAGUUGGACCUCCGGCGGAGCUCUUUCAAAAGCGCCUACUCGGUGCUCAGGAGCAUGGCUGAUUCCUAUCAGGCGCCGCCCGCCGAGCUCCGGCGCCACAACGUGCUGAGUAUGACCUCGGGCCUGCCCAGCGGCAUGGGGAGGACGUGGCUGACCUUCCCCUGUGAAGCCGGACCCAUACUCUCCGCAUUGUGAAGGCUUGUGGCUGGGCUGGCUGCUCCAUCCGGUGCGCCGGAUCCAGCAUCAUCGUGGCUGCGCGAGUGUGGCAGCCUCUGAGGGGACCCUUGUGAGUACUGCGAAGGCUUUUUGAGCGAUCGCCACUCCACUCGGACAAGUUAGUCUGGAAGUUUGAGACUGGAAGCCAAAGACGGCGCCAUGUACAGCGAUCCUUAGAUGUCGCAUGAUGUCGCCUUUUCGGAUAGGUGUCCCAGGUUCCAAAGCGAAGCCCGGGAGGGACUUGCCUGAAUGGUGGAUCAGCAAGGCAGCUUGGACGAGCUUGUGCGGUUUCAAGUCAGCACAAGAUGCAGA